UGAUUAAUUGAGCACGUGAUGGCGGCAGCGAGGCAACACGGGGAGCUAUAAAAGAUGAAAAGAGCGCAGAAGGCAUCGAAAAGAAAAGAGAAAGCGUUGGAAAGAAAGGAAAAGGGGUGGAUCAGUGGGAAAGAAAAGAAGAGAAAAUGGGAAGGUGUUUGGUAGCGUUGGUGUUUGGGUUGGUGUUGACGAUGAGUUUGGCAGAGGCGCAAUCCGACACUAGCGCCUCUUGCGCCCAAGACUUGAUUCCAUGCGCCGAUUACCUCACCAGUCCCAACCCACCCGCUUCUUGCUGCGACCCCAUCAAACGCACCGUCGCAAACCAACUCACAUGCCUCUGCAACAUCUUCUAUUCCCCUGGCUUGCUCCAGAGCUUCAACAUCACCACCGACCAGGCUCUCGCACUCAGUCGCCGCUGCGGCGUCACCAGCGACCUCAGCAGCUGCAAAAACGGGUCCGCUCCAGCUCCGACCACAGGGGCUCCGCCAGCCACACCUGGAAGUGACAAAGGAGGAGCAGACAGAAUCACAUUCACGGGACUUUCUUUCCUUCUCUUAUUUUGGGUAUCUACUAUGCUGUUUAAUUAGGAAGGUGGCAGUUUAUCCUUCGGAGCCUCUACUAAGUUGAUGUUAUCUUUGUAUUUCCACACGUUUACUAUUCAGUCAUUUUAUUUUCCUUUUUCUCUAGAAACCUCUUAUUCAAUUGAGUUCGUAAAAAUGUUUAUUUAGUGAUUGGACAUUCUUGUCAAAAUUUAGUUGGUAGAGUUAUUUAUGGUGCUUUUGGUUACACCAUUUAUAUAAAAUCGGUUUGUUGUUCUUAUGAAUUAAUAAUAAUAAUAAUUUUUUUUCCACAAA